AUGGAGAGCUGCAGGAACAAGGACAGCGGCCACAGCGAGGACAGCAAUGGCAAGAUUCACCCUCACAACACGGGGUCCUGCAACACAUCUCACAACAGCAGGGGGAACAGCGGCACUGGGAACAGCGUGUCGCCUUGGCCAUGUGGAGGGAAAGAGCUUUGCCUCCACUCCGCCAAGAUGGGCUGUAAUGAUUGUUGCAGCAGCAGCUCCUCCUGUUACCAUGUGCCAUGCUGCAGCACCCAGUCUUGCUGCUCCCCUUCCAGUUGCCAGAGCUGCCAGCAGUCCUGCUGCUACUGCGUCCCCGUUUACUGCAAGCCCUGCUGCCAAUCCUCCUGCGACUCCUGCUCCAAGCAAUCUAGCUGCGGCUCCUACCCCAAUGUAACCGGUUUCAAUCUUUGCCUUCGCUCCACCAAGAUGGGUUGUAACGAUUGUUGUAGCGGAAGCUGUUGCUACGUGCCAUGUUGCCAGCAGUCAUGUUGCCAGCAAUCCUGCUGCUCACCCUGCUGCAAACAGUCUUGUUGUGACUCUUGCUGCAAGCAGUCCUGCUGUAAACAGUCUUGCAACCCUUGCAGCAAGAAAUCAUGCUCUUCCUCUUGCUGCAAACAGUCGUGCUCUGAUUCUUGUUGCAAGAAAUCAUGCUCUCCCUCUUGCUGCAAACAGUCGUGCUGUGAGCCUUCCUGCAAGAAAUCAUGCUCUUCCUCUUGCUGCAAACAGUCAUACUGCAACCCUUGCUGCAAGCAAUCCUGCUGCAAGCAAUCUUACUGUGACCCCUGUUGCUGCCAGAGUCUCUGCUCAUCCUGCUGCCCUCCGUGUUGCCAGAGCAAGAGCUGCUGCACCAAGAAAUGCUGA